GGCGCGGCCACGGCGGAGGCGGAGGGAGGGGGCGGGGCUUUCCCUGCCCACGUGACGCGGCGGCGGCGGCGCCAGCCAAUAGGAGCGCGCGGAGGCUUCCGGCGGGUUUUGAAUGCAUUCUGAGUCCAAGAAGUAUGAGGAAGAGACACCUUCUCUACACUGGGGGAUGGAUCCUGUAUUUUCUGCAUUUGCAAGACUCUAUAUUAAAGAUAUAAGAGAAAUGAGAGAAUCUAAACAGGUGCCGGGUAUAUUCUUUUAUAAUGGACAUCCAAUAAGACAGGUGGAUGUUGUUGGGGUAGUGGUUCAAAAGAAGGAGCGAGAUGCCUUUUAUAAUUAUGGAGUGGAUGAUAGCACUGGAGUUAUAAAUUGUGUCUGCUGGAAAAAUCCCAUGGUAGCAGAAACACCUUUAUCAGGUCAUCCAAGCACACCCAGCAGUCUUACUGUGUUUGAACAGAUGAAGAAACUCCAAGAAAUAGUGAGCCAGAAAACCAAGCUGGAGAUUGGGGAUGUUGUCAGGGUCAGAGGUCACAUCCGAACCUACAGGCAACAAAGGGAAAUUCAGGCUUCAAGUUUCUAUAAAGUCGAUGAUCCUUUGUAUGAGAUUCAGAUUUCAAGAAUGCUGGAGCUCCCCUGUCUCUAUAGAGAAGUUUAUGAUAAACCUUUCCAAGGCCCUGAGGAAGGACAGAGUGGCCUGGAGGGUCAGAAUUUCUCAAUCCAUAUGCUGCAUGAGAAAGUGCAAAGCUUUCUAUUAGAAAACAAAAUUCAGACCUUUUACCAGCAGGAGCUGGAAACAAUUGAUUCUCUAGUGUCACUGGCAGAUGUGCAUCUACCCAGUCCCAGCUGUCAGGAGGUGAAGCCAAAAGGGAACUCCAGUUCCAAAAGGAUUCACAAUUUUUUUAAGGAAGCAAUAAAGAUGCUACAAGAAAAAGGAGUGGUUUUCCAGAAACCUGGUAGCUCUAAGGACUUAUACCACGUGACUGACCAUGACAAGGAAUUGCUUAAAGUGACCCUUGAUGUGAUUAAAGAAGACUGUAGAAAACCCAGGCAUGCUGACAAAGGCUGCCAUUUCCUUCAUGUCCUAAAUUGUGUUCGGCAGAGCUACAACCCCUCCCUGGCUGAAGUGGUGAUGCACCGUGUCUUGGAACUGCUGGAGAGUAACAGUGAUGUUGUCAGCACUAUGGAAGGAUAUUAUAUGGCAUUUUGAAGAGAAAAGACAAGAUACAUUCAUUCUGGCCCAUUCAGGAGGAGAGAAGGAGAUGUUGAGUGACUCUGAAAAGCUGUUAUUAGCUGAUAUGAUCUAGAUAGGGGAUAAAAAAGAGCCUUCUGAUUCUCCAGAUGCUGGUUUUGUCCAGCUUCAGAGAAGUUGUUUAAAUGCUCGUUAUUCCUUGUGACUUCCUUGCUAUUCCUAGUGAGAGUUGUAUCAGACCGAUUCUGGACAUUCUAAUACAGCAGGGGAGCUGGAAAAGAAACUGGGCUCUUUCCUUGGAGUAAGAUGAGACAUUGGCCAUCCUCAUAUUUACAUCCAGUGGGCUGUAAAGAAAAGUCACUGAUAAGGAGCACUGUUUACAGCAUGUCAGGACUCAUUUUUCUGGCUUAAUGACUGAGCUUGUGAGCUUUCAUUUGAUAGUAGCUGGGGAUCUUUCCUUUUAUGUAGACUUUAUAACAGCUAGAGAAAGGACACACAAAAAAAGAUUUGCCUGAUCUUCCUGGCAGUGCCAGUGUACCUUUGUCUGUAAACACUUAUUCUUCAGUCUGGACAGCCUCCCCACUACUAAAGCAGUCCCCACCUUUCUCUGGUAAGUAAUAUUCAGGAAUGGGGUCCUGCAUCCCUUCCCCAUCCAGCAGCCUUGUCCACUGGUUGUCAAGCAUGCCUGCAUUCCCCUGGCUACCAUGUGUGCUGCUGCUGCCUGUUGUUGUGGAUUUUGUUCAGACCAGAAUUCUCAAAAUCAGUCACCAUUUUGCCCUUUAUUUUUUUUUCAAGUUGCUUCCUACAUCAUAAAUGGUAAAACAUAAACUACAUGCUUUGGAAAAGAAAAUAUAAAAGCCAUCAAGACCCACUGUAAUCUCCAUGCUGCCUGUUGCCUUUUCUCUUUUAUUCUUUGUCACCUUUGGGGUAAAAUGGUACCCAUAUCUGUGCUUGCUGAGGAACACAAGACACAGACCUAAAUGCUGGCCUAAAGAAGGUUACCAUGCAAGAUGUUUGAUCUGGAAUAAUGACAACUCUGUUAUGUGAAACAGUUCAAAAACCGGAGCUGUUCAGUAUUUUUCCUUGGAGAGGGCUUGCUGCUGCAGGGGCUUGUCUGUUCAAUUAAUCUGUUUAAUUAAUCGUGUAGAAGUGAGACCUUUAGCUUGAAAAGAGUAGAGAAGAUUAAAUGUAUCCUUUUUUCUUCUGCACCUUCCCUGUAACAGUUGAAAUAGCAGACUCCCAGGAGGCAGAUGUAGUGGUAAAGCCCUAUAAGGAUUGACAUAGCUGGGAAAAAUAAACCAUAUGCAUGAGGAAAGCCAGUGAGGAGCCCCAUGUGUGCCAGGUCUCUGGUUUGUUAUAUUAUAUGCCUCAUUCCAAGCCCUGGCUGUAGUGAGAUAUAGGCUAAGAGAAAGGCAUGACAAAAUAUUUGGCAUUAGCAUUCAGAGGCCUGUGGAAAACUCUGGCCUUAAAGAGAUGGUAAGUUUGUUCAUAGGAGAAAACUAUGUAUGAAUCAUUCAUUUGCUGUAAGUUCCCUACUUGGUGCAGGGCUCAGUAGCUGUUUUCCCUGCAGGCUGCCCUGCUCCUCACAUUGCUGCUCUGAGUUGGGUACCUUCUAGUCAGAUCUUAAUAUGGGCCCUGAACAGGUCCUGAAGGGCUGUAGCUGUGCAGAAGGAAAUAGAAGACGGUUAAGGAAGAAUUGCAGAGUGUUUGUUCCCCACCCUCUACCCCCAUAAAUAUCUCUGUAAAUCAGGAAAAGAAGGCAGAUUCUGAGUGCACUGGUAUUGAGGGAAAUUGCAAGUUUAAUUUAUGCCUCUGAGAAGGUCUGGUUGGCCACUGGGGAGAUUUGCUUUUUAAAUUCCUGCUCUGAUUACUGAUGAGUUUGAAGUGAUGCUUAAAACCAAAGGCUAUCUAUGGAAGAAGUAGCUUGGAAUAUUAAUACCUAAAUUCAAAUUCACUUCAGGAGUUUUCCAUAAUCAAGCACUACAUAUGGAUAAGUUGCCUAUCAGGCAUGAGCUUGAGGAUAUUUUUAAGGAAAGUACAUGGUGUUUUGGACCACGUGAAAGAGCAUGGCAUCUAAUUUAAGAGAGUGGCUUGGCCAUUUUCUUGAAAAGUUCUGCAUUAGCAGAAGCUCCUUUUGCUGGGAAAGGGUUAAAGGAAUGCUUCUAGCUCAGUAGGAAAGGUGAUCUUCUCUCUUAGGUUAGACGAAAGACCUUGGUUCUCCUGAGGGUGUCAGCCAAGUGUGUGGGCUGGAUGAGUUUUGGGAGGAAAAGAAAGUCUGGAGAUCAUGUUGCUCUUUAGGAUCCCUUUAAAAUGAAUUCAUACCAAAAUAGGAUUACAUCUGCGUGUUUUGCAGUUUGUAUAGUCACACAUGCAACUUCUGUUGCCUCUGAGUUCGAGGCUGCACUUCCUGUGUUUUAGAUGUGUUUCUUUGUGUAAAGUUUGCCUAAAAUCCCUGUCCACUGAUUUUCUAUGCUUGGAGGUAGAGAGAGCAGACACUUGUGUCUGCAUCUGUCCUGCCCCGGUUGCAAUUUAAAAGCACUGAUCAACUGCAAAGCCUUGGAGAUGAGGUGAGAGGAACUUAUCUCAGGAAAACAGACAGGUUACUCUGGAUAGAACCUGUCCUUGGAAGUUUUUAAGUUGAUCCUUGCUGGCAGUGCUCUACUCUUGUGAUGGAGGGAGUAUUCUGUUGGAGGUUGCUCCCCAAGAACAGGAAAAAGGAUUUUUCUCACUCGAGUUGACUCAGGAAAGUAAGAUGAAUGAACACAGGGGAGCCUACAGUUUUUACAAGAGUGAAAGGUUGAGGCAGAGGUAAUAGAGGAACCUAAACUUGAGCUACACAGAUUCUACUUCUGAAUAGCUGUACGGAAUGGUUGUGUUUUAAGCUUGCAUGCUUUAUUUUUUCCACGGUAGCCACCCAACACAGACUCACACUUACUCUGAUUGAGAGCAUUCCCUCUCAUACCCACAGGGAAUACCACAUGCAUAUGCCUGCACAGGGGUACCCCAGUGAGCUGUGGGAGCACAGAGCUCUCUGUAGGCUGAUUUACCCAUUCACUCAGUAUCUCUACAGUGUGCUUCUGUGACAGCAGUCUAGACAUACCCAUACUGGUAUAAGUCACCUUUAUGUAAGUCUAACUACACACACUAGGGCUUUUACUGCUAAUAAACUGUCUCUCUGUUUCAAGAUCAUAUCCUUAACCAAGAGAGUCAUAUCAUGCACACUGUUAAAAUUCUUAGACCACACCUACAAAAUAUUGUGCAGAACAUUCAGUGAAAGCACGCUUUCUUCUUUUGUUUAAUUGGAAAACUCGUUAAGCAACACAAUUAUUAGUGGUUUAUUAAAGGACUUUGAAGGUGGCACUUUAAUGUAAAACUGACAAGUGAGAAUUCAUGUUGUAGGACUGCUUCAUGACCAGUUCUGGUUUCCAUAGAAACAGUCACAGCAGUAAAAGGCAGGUAAGUAAAAUUGAGUUUUUAAAAGCAGUCGGCAUUUUUAUGUUACUUUAAAAAGAUAAGUUUCCAAAGAAAUGCAGCACCUGGGAAUAAAAAUUACCAAAGAAUCUCAAUAUUCUAUUCUAGCAAAAUGCAAGGUAGUUGCUUUGCUGGUGAGAAAACAAAGGAACAGUCCCCACCCUCUGCUUAGGUGAGAGAAAAGAUGAGGUUGCUUCAUGCCUCUGUUUCCCUCUUUUGUAAGUUGGGGAUAAUACAGCUUCCUGUGCAGGGUGUAAGCCUCAAUUUUUCUUAAUCCUAGUCAUUAAAAGAACUCUGUGGCUGUGUGGGAGAGAGUGAAUGGAUAGAUGCUGGAGCGAGACUUAGAAAAAGUAGCUCUCGGAUUAGAACUAAUAGCUUUAUAUUUUUCUGCCUCUCUUUCCAUGCAUAUUGGUUUGCCUGUCUUGUCAUCUUGCUCUCCAGGUCAUAUGAGGCAGUGAUGGUCUCCCUAUCUUUAUUUGUGUCGUAUUUCUCACGGAAUCCUAUUCCCUGUUACGACUUCUUAGAUGACUUCAUAAAAACAGAAAUCCAGAUAAAUUAGUUCUUAGCAUUCUUUUUUUCAGAUUUUUGGAUUGUAAAUUUAUACCCAUGAGGGUAUGCAUUUUACACAAGCUACCUGGGAAAUGAAGCUUUACUUUCAGAAUAAUAAAUGAAAAAGUUAAAAAUUGGCUACAUGACUAAAAGCUGUUACUGUUGUGGAUCUGUGCAUACUUGUGUAUUCCAGUGAUGAACAGCAUAAAUAGAAAGAGCUGCUAAUUCAUUAUUCAGAAUGAGAAUUCAUCAAUGAGCAGCCAGCGAGGCAUGGAGCCACAUGGAGAAUUAUGAGACAAAGUACUGAAAAUCUGUUUGUCAAAGAAAUGCAGUUUGGCUUACUUUGGGAGUAAGCCGAUCCUGUGGGGAAAAGAUGUGCCUAGCAAAGAUUUGUAUCUUUAUACUUACCUCUAAAUGGGAAGGGAGCAAGUUCAGAUCCCAUGGGCAACCUGAAUUUUGAAACUUCCUGUCAGUGCGGCGCUUCGUUCUUUAUUGCCGUCUUUCAGCGCAGUCCCCAGUCCUGCUGCCCCAACCCUCCAGGCUAGUGAGCAAACAAAAGUUCAGCCACAAAGAUAAAAGAAUAGUUAUAAUAAUUGAUUACCAUCCUCAAGGAGCCCCAGCAUUACAACAACAUUUUUGUGGAUGCUUGUUGGCAGCAGGGAAAUGCUGAGCCAGGGAUCUUGAGUUUCAUUCCCAGCAAUCUGCCUUGCCAGGCACAGAGGCUUUCCCCCUAAUUUCUUUCAACUAUUUCUGCCCUCCACUCUCUCCUCUGACUCAUUUCUCAGGCCCUUCAUUUCAUUCACAGUCGCUCAGCACCACAGGUCGUGUCAAACCCCCUUCCUCUUGAUUUUGUUCCCUUUAUCUUUUCUAUCUCAAACGUCCUUGACAACAUCUGGUGAUUGAAAGUUUCAGUAUAAUCCCCUUGCCUAACUGACCUAGCACUGCUCACUGCCCCUUCUGAUUCCAGCAGGCUGUCCUUUGCUCCUUGUCUAGGCACCAGAAGCUUUCUUCCCCAUGUAGUUUGCAGCAGGAAAGAGCUACAGUUUCUGGAAAACACCAUUUUUUCCACCCCACCCUCCCAAAGAUCCAGUAGCACCCUCAAAGAUUCUAGUGGCGGUUUUCUUGCAGGCAUCCAAGUACAAAGUAAAUAUAAUUAAAAUAUAAACCACUCUUGUCUUGCCCAAACCUGAGCAAGCACAAGUCACGCCCCUGAUAGAAGCUAUCUGCCUCUCCCUGCCACUUUCAUGUCCCUGCAGAUCUUAUUGCAGAUAUGAUCUGUAAAGUUGAUGUGGACUUUUAGGUUGUGUAUCUGGCAGUUAGUGUGUCUCCUUUCAGCCUGUUUGUUUGGGUUUCUUUUCUGAGAAGGUGAUAUUUUACUCUGAUGUGAUUAUACUGUGUGUCUCAGCAUUUGUCAACUUCUGUCCCACCACCCCAGUUGAUUUUGGCUAGUUAAGACAGGUGAAGGAUCCUGAGCUGUUACUGUCUGGCAUGUUUUAAGGAGUUGAAUGCACUGAUAGAGGAGGGAAGCCAAAAUCAGCUCCUCUGUUAAGGAGAAGGAAGAAAGUCAGUCAUACAACACCAGGGAAACCACACAUGAGACAGUCCCAAGGAACCUGUUUUUGUAGCUUCAGCUGCCACAAGAAGUACUUGCUCUGCAGUGCUCUUUUAAGAAAUGACUGGACUGUUUUUCCUGAAGUUUCCUCAUACAGGUUGCCCCAAGGCAGACAGUCAUGAUGGCAGACUGCAAAUCAAACAGUUAAAAUCUGGUAAAGCUGUAGCAUCUACACUGGGGUACAAAGUUGAGCAACUGAUUGUUAAUGAUGCCACCAGUCCAUUCCCACUAAUAUCGUUUAAACGUGCAAUGCAGACUAUUCUGAUCUAAUCACAGUAAUUUACAAGUUGAAACCAGCCCAGCUGAACAAGAUUGCCUGAGAAUAGUAUAACCAGGAAUUUGCCAGUGAAAGAAAUAACCUAAAGGAAUGAUUUUCAGCAAGUGUUGAACUACUGAACACUGCAGUGCCAAUUAACCUGGCACAACAUGUCCUACAGCUCUUGUUUUAGCUUGUUUUUUUGUUAUUGAUUGGAAGAAUGAACACUCCUUCCCUACCAGCUAGAACUGGAUCUCUCUGCCACCUUCACAUCUCUCUUCUGGGAACAAGGUAAGAUAAAUCACAAAUGUUUGUCACUGCGUAGCAGCCAACAUGAUUAAAUGCAGUAUGUGCCAAGUCUGUUAUUGACCUGAAAAGUUCGUGGUUCCUCCCAGGAGUGGGGACCUCAUCCAAAUAUUACAGUGAUCUUUGGAAAUAGGAGGGAGGAAUCUUCCCUCAAAUAUUUUCCCCAACGGUGAAGUCACGCAAGCCCUGCAGGCCUACCUGAUUCUAACAUGUGCUCUUCUUGGCAAGGAAUGAAGGUGGUAGAGAAAUGAAAAGGGUGCUUGGGGUUGUGUUUUUCUCUUAUUGCCAAAACUGGUCACUCACACUGAGAGUGUAGAGGUUGCCCUUGCAUUCAUGUAAAACUCUGCUUUUCUGUAACGCCCACAAAAAACCCUCUGAGCUGUAACAAGCCAGCUGGUGUUCUGAAACUAUUGCCUACACUUCUGGCUAAUAUUCUGUCAUUAUUUUCUUUCCCCACCUUGUCUUUUUUUCCCCAAUAGCAUCUCUUGAACUUAAUUCCUGGUUCAAAGUAGUUAUAGACUCUUUCUUUGUCCUUCUGUGAGUACAGCAAUCCAGGACAAAGAAGAGGAGCAAACUGAUACAGGAAAGAAUUUUUGUUGGAACUCUGAACAUAGGAAAGGAUGAGAAAUACAAAGGAAACUGAAGGAGGAGGAUUUAGCUCAAAGAUGUUUGAAAUUAAUCCCAUUGAAAAAGGCUAAAGAAAUAAUUGCCUAAUGAUGCUGUAGACAUCUGUUUCAGAACAGACAGCAGGUGUUGCAUGUAAUGAAACUAUUUUUGUUGGUACUACUUUAUUUUCUGCAAUUAGAAAGCAGGAGAGGAAAUGAGGUCAGGAAAAACGGAGUAAGAGAACAUUUACCAUUAACAGCUAGACAAAUUUAUGUAGAGCACAGUAGUAUUUAUAUGUUCUUCCUCUGCCUUCCUUACACUAUCCUUGGAACAGUUCUGCUCUUCUGCAGGAUAUAUUGUACUUCCUAAAAGACCAGCACCUUGGAUGCUCAGAGUUAGAAGCUAAAGUGAAAUUUGGCCACCAACAUGGCUUUGAGGAUCAAAAUGUUCAGGGUAAUGUAACUGUCACUUACCUAGAUGAUGUUAUUAACUGAUAGAAACAAUCCUAAAGGUGAAGCUGCCUUUGCCUCAGUCACUAGAGCAGUGGCUGAGAAAGACUCCCAUCUGUCUUUAGGCUCCCAUCCCUGGUGCUGCAUGGUCAUAGCUUAACAGUUCUGGAUCCAAAUAAAUGCCUGGAAUUUUGUGGAUGGUGUGUCUACUGCUCAAAACUGAAAAUCACACCCGCAUCAGGCUCUGCUAGAGAAACUGUAGCUCCACUUUACACAAGACAUUAUCUUUGGGAUGAUCUCAUUCCUUGUUAAAGCAAUUAAAGUCCUACAGGGCAUUUGGUUUCUAAGCAUCCCCACCACUGCCCUACAAUGUCUAACCCCAGUCUAAUGUCUGGGGCAGAAAAAAAAAGCAAAUUGUUUUUGUCUACCCAUGGGAUUGAUGUUGCUGUUGAGGAGAUCCAAAAGUGCUCUUUGUAAGGAAGUCUUUCAGCUGGGAAAACCACUUUGCUUUUGCAUGAAGGUAACAAAACAAAAUCAAUGCAUUCCACUGCUGAGUGGUAGAAGUUGCAUGUUACUUCUUUCUUCUUAGAGUGCCAAGCUUGUGUGUUCAUCACUUACGUUCAAACCGCUGUUCCAUGAGUAACUUUUCAUAAGGUUUUAUUUGUACAUUUUUACAGUUCACAGUCUGUCAGUCAAAUGUUUUCUGGUUUGGAUAUUGGCAGAUAAAUUCUUCUACUUCCUCUAGGGACUGUGCAGCCAAAUAAAAUUACUGUUUGGUUUCA